GAGCGCAGCGGGCCCGACAGUGAGCGAGUGCGAGGCCCGGAUAUGGAGCUUCCGAACCCGGUCCGUCAGCGGCUGGGAAACUUCAGCCGGACCGUGUUCAGUGACUCCAACCGGACAGGGCCGGAGUACGGCGAGGGUUCUGAUAAUGAAAUGGUCUCCAGUUUGGAACUGCAGAUGUCACUUUAUUUUAACACUUACUUUUUCCCACUUUGGUGGAUAAGCAGUGUUAUGAUGCUUCAGAUGAAGUAUUCAAUCUUGCCUGAUUACUACAAAUUUAUUGUGGUCACUGUUAUCAUCCUGAUAACCCUAAUUGAAGCUAUCCGGUUAUAUCUGGGCUACAUGGGUAACCUACAGGAGAAGGUUCCUGAGUUGGCUGGCUUUUGGCUUUUGAGCCUUCUUUUGCAAUUGCCUUUAAUUCUUUUCUUGCUCUUUAAUGAGGGCCUAACAAAUCUGCCCUUGGAAAAAGCAGUGCAUAUUAUCUUCACCAUGUUCCUUACUUUCCAAGUUGUUUCAGCAUUUCUUACCUUGAGAAAAAUGGUAAAUCAGUUGGCAACUCGUUUCCACCUUCAAGAUUUUGACCGGCUCUCUGCAAACAGAAGAGAUACUAGAAGAAUGAGAUCCUGUAUAGAAGAGCUUUGACCCAGCGCUUUUCAGUGGAAAAUUUAGAAGAAUGUGUUUAGAAGAUGACUACAAGAGUUAGGAAAACAUCAGAGCGCUUGCAUAAGAAAAGGGACAGUGCAAGUGUUUUGAAUUAUAUACUUUCUAGCUCUGAAAUUCCAAAUUUGGGGGCAAUGAUAAAAGACUGUUUGUACUUGAAAGUAGCCCUAAAAUCUAGAUGUUGUCCACCUGAUGCCAAAUGUCUUAUUUUUGUUGUUGUCAACUUUUUCAGGUAUGUAGAAAUCUGUGACAGUGAUCACAGUUUAGCUACUUUAAUGUAAUAUUUCUAGUUAACACCUUUAACUAGACAGUAGCACCUGUAACUAGGAAUAUAUAUAUUUCUUUUAAACUUAUUGGCUGUCCAUAUCUUGGUUGUAAAUUUGACCAUGUUUCUUAGGGCACCUAGAAAUGCUUGUCAAUAUUCUUGUGUAUUAGACUAUAUUUAUAAACCAAAUUUUCAUAUCUGCUAGGGUUAAAUUCUAGCUCUAGUGCUAGCUGUUAUACUGAGUAGAAGAAGAAAACUAGUAAAUUGUGGUACUUAGGAAAUAUUUUUAUCAUGAAUUUGUUACCUUUUAUAAAAUGAUGUUCAGUAUUUAUGGUGGUGUUGUGCAAAAUGUCUUUACAAUAAAUAAAGUAUUUAUGUUAAAUUUUCA